AGGGGACCUGCUCACAGGCUGGAGACAGGAUCCAUGGCAACAAUCAUGGCAGAGGCAGAGACUCGUCAGAAGCUGCUGCGCACCGUCAAGAAGGAGGUGAAGCAGAUUAUGGAAGAAGCCGUGACCAGGAAAUUUGUCCACGAAGACAGCAGCCAUAUUGUGUCUUUUUGUGCUGCGGUGGAGGCGUGUGUUCUGCAUGGGCUGAGGCGACGAGUAGCUGGUUUUCUGCGCAGCAACAAGAUAGCGGCCCUCUUCAUGAAGGUGGGGAAAAGCUUUGCUCCUGCCGAGGAGCUGUGUAGGAAGGCCCAGGAGCUCGAGCAGAUCAUCGAGACAAAACGAAGUCAAAGCUUGCAGAGUCAGGACAGCUUUCGUAAGAUGCCCCGGCUGCCCGGCCUCGGCCCACAGGGAGCCAAGAACCUGUGGAUCCGGGCGGCUCUUUUUGAAAAGGUGCUGGACAAGAUCGUUCUCUACUUGGUGGAGAACAGCAGUAAAUACUACGAGAAAGAGGCUGUUCUCAUGGACAAUGUAGAUGGACCUAUCCUUGCCUCUUUGUUAGUCGGACCUUGUGCUUUGGAGUACACCAAGAUGAAGACAGCUGACCACUUCUGGACCGACCCGUCCGCUGACGAGCUGGUGCAGAGACAUCGCAUCCACGGUGGCAACUGCAGGCAGGACUCUCCCACCAAGAGGCCUGCGCUGUGUUUCCAGAAGCGGCACUCCAGCAGCAGCAUGGAUGAACGCCCUUCCCCCUCACCGUCAGCUCGUGAAUAUGUGGAGUCACUGCAUCAGAACAACAGGGCGACGUUACUGUUCGGCAAAAACAACGUGCUCGUGCAACCGAGGGACGACAUGGAGGCUGUCCCCGGUUACCUCUCCCUGCACCAGACUGCUGACAUCAUGACCCUGAAGUGGACUCCCAACCAGCUCAUGAACGGCUCUGUUGGAGACUUGGACUACGAGCGCAGUGUGUUUUGGGACUAUGCCAUGACGAUUCCUCUCGAGGAGAUAGUAUACUUGCACUGUCAUCAACAAGUGGACAGUGGGGGGACGGUGGUGCUGGUCAGUCAGGAUGGAAUCCAGAGACCUCCUCUGCGCUUCCCCAGGGGAGGACACCUGCUCCAGUUCCUCUCCUGCCUGGAGAACGGCCUCCUUCCCCACGGCCAGCUGGACCCACCGCUCUGGUCCCAGAGGGGAAAGGGGAAGGUGUUUCCGAAGCUGCGAAAUAGAGUUCCUCAGGGAUCCUCAGAGUCGGUCUCGGAUAAGGAGGAGGACGAGGCCACAGACUAUGUCUUCCGCAUCCUCUUUCCAAACAGCCAGUCAGAGUUUGUGACUCCUCCGGACUUGAUGGAUCAGGGAGCUACAAUGUGGCAUCCCACUCUCAGGAAGGCCUCGUGCUCCUCUUGUUCUCAGGGGAGCUUCUCCGAGGGAGGGACGCCCAAGGGCUGCAACCAUGAGAGGGCUCCUCUGAAGCUGCUGUGCGACAGCAUGAAGUAUCAGAUCAUCUCUCGGGCAUUUUACGGCUGGUUGGCAUACUGCCGUCACCUGUCCACUGUGCGCACGCAUCUCUCUGCCCUCGUCAAUCACACCAUCGUGGCGCCCGACACGCCGUGCGAUGCCUACAAAGGGCUCACUGCAGAAGUGUGGCAGACGUUCCUUCAGGACUGCACAGCCUACAAGGAGCAGGAGCUUCUGCGUCUGGUCUACUUUGGUGGUGUGGAGCCCUCGCUGCGUAAAGAGGUGUGGCCUUUCCUGCUGGGUCACUACCAGUUUGGGAUGUCAGAAGCUGAGAGGAAGGAGGUGGACAAACAGGUCCGGGUGUGUUACCAACAGACCAUGCGUGAGUGGCUCGGCUGCGAGGAGAUCGUCCGCCAGCGGGAGAAGGAGCUGCACGCCGCAGCUUUGGCCAAGUGCUCCUCUGUAACGAGCGACAGUUCCAGUCAGAAGAUGAUCCAUCACGACUCCACUCAGAGCAAUGAGUCCCAGUCCUCCCAGAGCUCAGACAGACAGAGUCUGGCUCGCCUGCAGAGCGACUCAAGCAACAGCACACAGUUCUUCACACCCUUCCAUCUCUUCCCCUGGAGUAGUCUGCUUCCCUUUGGCUUGUUCUUUCAGGUGUUUGAGUCCGUAGAGGAGGUGGACCAGAUUGAGACGGAGCCCAAGACCGAAGAGGCCAAGCAGGUGCCAAAGAUGCCCAACGGAGCUCUGCAGAACGGGACCUGCUCUCCCGACUCUGGACACCCGUCCUCCCGCAACUUCUCAGUCACCUCUGGCCUGUCCGACACGUCGCUCAGCACAGACGACACCGCCGCAUCUGACGCAGCCCCGAGAUCUGCUGCUGUCCCCCUGGCACCACAGAGCUCUGUCAAACCUGCAGGGGUAGAGGGUGAAGAUCUGACCGAGGAAACACUCAGCCAGGAGAGAACCGAAGUGAAGGACGAAGAGGAGACGCUCGCUGUGACCAUAACGGCAGAAAAUACCAAGAUUGAGGUGAAUGAUAACGACGUGAUUCAGCCACCGGAAGAGGAGCUGGUGAUGACCGACAAAGAGACGUGUUUGCAAACUAAAAGCCAGGAACGUGUUGAAGAGCCAGAAUCUACUAAAACAGAGGGAACCAAGUCUGAAGAUACAGAGAUUCAAGAAAUUCAAUCUUUAGAUUCAGGAGAAAUAGGAAGAGAUGUGUCUGAUCAGGAUACUGUGACGGUAUCAGCAGCUGCUACAGAAUCCAAAGAAGAACUCGUGGAACAUAGUCUCAAGAAAGACGUAGACGUCAGAACCGAGGAAACGACAAAGCUCGAUCAAAGGAUUGUGGAAAAGAUGAAGGAAAUGGACGAAUCAAACACAAGUGAACCGCAAGAAUUGAGUUUGACUGAGGGGACAGAAAAAAUGGUCCAACAUCUUGUGGCCGCUGACAUUGAGACCAACCUCCUAUUCUCAACAGACACCAGGUUCGCGAGAACGAGAGAAACUUACUGCGCCCCUCAGAAAGAGGAGCCUCAGGUCAUGGCUGAAUCUGACGAGUCUCCCUCAGCCAUAGAGAUGGAGGAGAUCCCCAAAGCCAAAGUUUCCAUGGUGCCUUGGAGCAGGAAGGGAGAGUCCUUUGAGGACUCGGCCCCUCACGCGGAGGAGGAGCAAGGAAAGAACACUCCGGAGGGCCCAGAGUCCAUCCUGUCCGAGGAGCCACAGAUGGAGAGUCUGGACCCUCACUUUGAUUCUCUGCCCGGGUCUGGAGCCACCAAGAGCAAAGCGACCGCUCAAGGAUCUGCUGGGAGUACCUUCUCUCAAGAGCUGCUGGAUUUGUACACGUUAAAUCUGCACCGCAUUGAAAAGGACGUCCAGCGCUGCGACAGGAACUACUGGUACUUCACUCCAGCCAACCUGGAGAAACUGCGCAACAUCAUGUGCAGCUAUAUCUGGAGGCACCUUGACAUCGGUUACGUUCAGGGCAUGUGUGAUCUGCUGGCUCCGCUCCUAGUCAUCCUGGACGAUGAGGCCAUGGCCUUCAGCUGCUUCACUGAGCUCAUGAAGAGGAUGAAUCAAAACUUUCCCCACGGAGGGGCAAUGGACACUCACUUUGCCAACAUGCGCUCUCUGAUCCAGAUCCUGGAUUCCGAGCUGUUUGAGCUAAUGCACCAAAACGGAGACUACACCCACUUCUACUUCUGCUACCGCUGGUUUCUCCUGGACUUCAAGCGAGAGCUGGUGUACGACGACGUGUUCGCGGUCUGGGAAACCAUCUGGGCGGCUAAGUAUGCCUCCUCUAGUCACUUUGUCCUCUUCAUUGCUCUGGCGCUGGUGGAGAUCUACAGGGACAUCAUCCUGGAGAACAACAUGGACUUCACUGACAUCAUCAAGUUCUUCAAUGAAAUGGCUGAACACCACAACAUAAAGCAGAUUUUGACCCUGGCCAGAGAUCUCGUGUACAAGGUGCAGAUGCUGAUCGAAAACAAGUGAUGGUGCUGUUGUUCUUCUUUUCCAUCAUUGUAAAGCGUGAGCGGCUGUAGCAGCACAGUUAAACACACACACACACACACACACACACACUCUCUCUAACACUAUACAAAGCCUUUACAAUCACAGUUUGCUGCUUUGAGCCUUACUGACUGUAUCCACUAUGUUAUUUGUGUUGUCAACAGUUGUAUGGGAAUAUUAUGCUUAAUAUUUGUCAGUAUGUAUGACAGAAAACAAAAGUAACAGAAAAACAGCUGUCAUUUCCAAAUAUUUUUGUCCGACAUCCCCCAAGUGUUGAUCUAAGUCUGAGUGCACUUAAUAUUUUGAGUAAAUACGGAGAGUUUAGUUGCACAUUUCAAACCAAAUGCAGAGCUGAAUUCAACCAGAGACUAUAUUUAUGAGAAAAGUAUGUUGUGAUAAUAAUUUAUAAUAUGUAUUAUUUUAACAAAGACUACAAGUUUACAUUUUUAGAUAUAUUCCCAACCUUUAAGAUGGAAAGAAUGUAUACCGGGUCUUCACUUUAUUAAGUAGUACACACAAGUCAAAUUAUUCUCCACUGAUAACUACCGUUAAGUUUAACACACAACAUUAGAAAUUUACCACCAUGCCAGUGAUUUAGCAUCUAACAGUGUUUUCAAUGUUCGGAAACUGCCUUGUCUACCAAAUAGUAUGUCAUAAUUUGUUACGUGUGAAUUGUAAUGUACUGAGAAAACUGUGUUAGAUUGUUGUUGUAUUAUGAGGAUUAUAUUCUGUUAAACCGUUGUUGAUUCAUAAUCUGAUUAUCUAAGUGAUUUAGGGAGGUGUGGGCAGAGGUUUAUAUAUGAGGAAACAUGCCUGAUUUCAUAGUCCUUUUGAAUUAUUUUAUCCAGUGAACCACUGUAUCUUUAUUUUGUAAAUUGUGCAGUUUACUCCCCUCGAUUUUUGUAUCGUCUUGUACUGUCUGGCGCUUAUUUGUUGAAUCCAACGUUAAUUUCAGUUUGAAUAUGACUAUGACUCUGGAAGAUCAGACGAGGCGGUGGUAAAAUGUUAUUUUAGGGUGAGAGUGACUUAACCAGAGGCGUGACAAUGAAAGGUUAGGUAGGAAAGAUUUUAAAUAUUAGACCGUUUUAAUGUUUUGGCGCAUUGGAGGACGUACAAAAUACAUGUUUUAACCCCUUAAAUUAUUACUUAUAUUGGUCUCAGUGACUGACAUUCAUGCUUGUGAUCCUUUGAAAUGUCACUCAGUUGUACUUCAAGUGUUGCUUCAUGAAUGUGGUACGGUGAAUUGCAUUUAAUUUUGUUGUUAGUUUUUUUUGUCAACACUAACUGCUGUAGAAAACGUCUUUAUUUUAAUUUGUUGUAACGUUUAUUUUCCAAAGUAUUUAUUUAUUUAUGGAUUUAUUUAUACAUGGCUUAUUUUCCUUCUUCCAAAUGCUGCCUUGUUUGUAGCUAAUAUUUUUAUUUUGUGGCCAGCUCAACAUGUGUAUUGUAAAACAAUCAAAUUCUAUACUAAGAGUUCAAUAUAUAUAUAAAU